AUCGUCCUCAAUAUUUUUACUACCACCCAACGCUCGAUCAAAUGGAAAAUACCAAUAUGCUACUACGACCGCCGAGUCGAGCGGGCUCCGACGCUUCCGAUACUACAAUUAGUCUCUCGGACUCUUCUUGGUCGUCUUCAGAGUUCGGCCCUCCUACUAUCUUGCGACGAACACUAACUGGGAUGAGGCCUCUGGUGUUUGGUGGAGAGAUGUCGUUUGAGAUGGUUCCGGACCCCGACGAACGUGACUACAAUAGCGACGAUGAUAAAGGGCCUGUUGUGAUCGACAGUUCGGCACGCGAAGGCAUGCUCGAGCAGAUUCCUGUUACUGAGGAACAGUGGAAUGAGUUCGUCACGGCUACCAAUAGGCCCAUGUAUGGUGACGACGAAGAGGAAAUGUACGCGGGAUGGGACUUGGAGGAUUCACAAGACUAUGAUCCCAAUGGUUCAGCCGUCCAGUCCAUGCUCCGCUAUGCACAUAGCAUGGCCGUCAUGUCCAGCAUGUACCAGUUCGAUAACAGUAACCCUGUUCAAUCCGGACACCACACUCGUUAUGGGAACCAAGUCAGGCGUAGGCGCAGGCCAGAUAUUCGUGUUGUCACCACGCAUAGCGCCACUAACUGGCCACAAUCCCCGACAAUGGCUACCUCACCGUGUUCGUCUGUUUCCUCAGCCAUGACAUGUUUGCCCAGCCCAACCGAGAGUACUUCGUACGUCCCUUGGGUGUCCUCGCUUCCCACUCCGCUCGAUCAGUUUCUUGGAUAUAUUAAUUCACACGCUCAGGCAUCAGCGUUUGCCACUUGCUUCCAAACCAGAUUAUCCCACCUAUACGAUCGUGCGUUGGACGCCAAUGGUACCUUUAUUGGCACCAUGGCCAUGAAAGAGGACAUGGUGGCAUUGGAGGGAGCGAUAGACUUAUUGAGAAGGUUGGCUCCUGUGGGAAGAUAGUAUUUUAAGUGGAUAGAUAUUACAUAGAAGUUACACGUAGCAAAUGUACAUAAUAUUGUAUUUAAUGUAGGUUUAGAGGAGGGGGCUUUUUAAGCAAUGAUCUCGAAAGCCAAAGAAAGAAAAGAUGAAAAAUAGACCGCCGACAACCUUAAUUUCAAAGCAGUGCUU